CCCAAAAUGAGGGGCGCCCUGCUCGGGCCGCCGCUGCUCCUGCUCCUGCUGCUGCUGUCGCCCGUGUCACCGAGGGACGGCGUGCACGCCGCGCAGCCCCAGGCCCCGGGCUAUUUGAUUGCUGCUCCCUCUGUCUGCUCAGGAGUAGAAGAAGUCAUCAGCGUGACCAUCUUUAAUGUCCCAAAGGAAGUCACAGUCCAGGCUCAGCUAGUGGCCCAGGGCGAGGUGGUGGCCCAGACCCAGGGAGCCAUCCUGGAUAGAGGGACACUCAAACUCAAGGUGCCCACGGGCCUGCAGGGCCCGGCGCUCCUGAAGGUGUGGGGUCACCACGGCCAUGGGGAGGAGCAAGGCACCUUGUUCCACAACCAGACCUCGGUGACCGUGGAUGGCCGGGGUGUCUCAGUGUUCAUCCAGACAGACAAGCCGGUGUAUAGGCCCCAGCACCGAGUGCUAAUCAGUGUCUUCACCGUGUCCCCAGACCUGAGGCCGGUCAGCAAGAAGGUGGAAGCCUAUGUCCUGGACCCCCAGGGCUCUCAGAUAGUGGAGUGGAGACACUUGAAGACCUUAUGCUGUGGUGUCACCAACAUGUCCUUUCCCUUGUCCGACCAGCCCGUGUUGGGAGAGUGGUUCAUUUCUGUUGAGCUGCAAGGCCACAUUUCCAACAAGUCCUUUGAAGUUCAGAAGUAUGUGUUGCCCAAAUUUGAACUCCUGAUCCACCCUCCCCGCUAUAUCCGAGACCUGGAUGUCUGUGAGCCGGCCAUGGUGCAGGCCAGGUAUACCUUUGGGAAACCAGUGUCUGGGACCUUAACGAUCAACAUGACCGUGAUCGGUGUGGGGUACUACAGCCACGAAGUGGGGCGCCCCGUCCUCAGAGCCAUGAAGGUCCUCGGCUCCCAGGGCUUCCACAUCUGCAUCCGGGAUAUGAUCUCCGAGGACAUCCCCGAGCACUUCCGGGGCAGGGUUGCCAUCUGGGCCUCAGUGACCAGCGUGGACGGGAGCCGGCAGGUCGCCUUCGAUGACUCCACGCCCGUGCAGAGGCAGCUGGUGGACAUCAGGUACUCCAGUGACACCAGGAGGCAGUUCAAACCUGGCCUGGUCUACGUGGGGAAGGUGGAGCUGUCCUACCUAGACGGCAGCCCAGCCAAUGGGGUGACCGUCCAGGUUAAGGCAGAGCUGACACCCAAGGACAACGUCUACACCAGUGGAUCUGUGUCCCAGGGUGGCCUCGUGCAGUUCGAAAUCCCGUCUAUCCCCACGUUAGCCCAGCACGUGUGGUUGGAAGGGACAUCCUCUGUUCCGCAGGCCAAGGUGACAGCACUGGAUGGGAAACCUGUCGGGGCGCAGUACCUGCCCAGUUACCUGUCCCUCAGCAGCUGGGCCUCCCCCAGCCAGUGCUUCCUGCAGCUGCAGCCACCCUCCCAUCCCCUGCAGGCCGGGGAGGACGUGGAUUUUUCUGUGAAGUGCACGUGUCCCUGCAAUUUCACCAUGUACUACGAGGUGGCCGCACGGGGCAACAUCGUGCUGUCAGGCCAGCAGUCCGCCCGCAUCACCCAGCAGCGAAGCCAGUGGACGGCCCCUGUUCUGGACAGGUCGAUUCACUUAAAACACCUUUCCAAGACGGGGCCCCCUCCAGCCCCAGCGGCCAAGGCCACCGUGUGUGUCACCUCUCUCUCUAGCAUGGUCCCCUUUGGCCGCCUGCUGGCUUUCUAUGUCAGGGAGAAUGGAGAAGGAGUGGCGGACAGUCUGCGGUUCUCAGUCAAGGCUUUCCUGGAAACCCAGGUCUCUGUGACAUAUUCAGCGAAUGAGACCCAUCCCGGAGAGGUCGUGGACCUUCGGGUCAGAGCUGCGAGGGGCAGCUGCGUGUGUGUCACCAUGGUGGAUGAGAGCAUCUACCUGCUCAGGUCUGGGUUUCGCCUGACUCCCACUCAGGUUUUCCGGGAACUGGAAGACCACGAUGUUUCUGAUGCCUUUGGGGUGUCCAGGGAGGAUGGACCCUUCUGGGGGGCUGGGCUGACAGCCCGACGACGCCGGCGAUCCUCCAUCUUCCCGGGGCCCUGGGGCGUCACCAAGGACUCUGGCUUUGCCUUCAGUGAAACGGGACUGCUGGUGAUGACGGACAGGGUGAGCCUGAACCAUGGACUGGACGGCAGCCUGUACACCCAAGAGGUUGUCCCUGCCUUCCAGCCCCACACAGGGACCCUGGUGGCUGCGGCGCCUUCCAGACCACCCCCCAGGGCACAGAAGAGAAAAAGGACUUUGCUCCCCGAAACCUGGCUUUGGCGGUGCCUCACCAUCAGUGACCCGUCUGGGGAGGAGACCCUCAGCGUGCAGGUGCCUGACUCCAUCACCAGCUGGGUGGGUGAGGCCAUGGGUCUGUCUCCCUCUCGGGGCCUGGGCAUUGCCAGGCCCUCUCUGCUGAGGUCCUUCAAGCCCUUCUUCAUGGACUUUACCCUGCCCCCUCUCGUCAUCCGUGGACAGCAGGUCAAGAUCCCGCUCAGUACAUACAACUACAUGGACAGCUGUGCCGAGGUGCACCUGAAGGUCUCAGUCCCCAAGGGCGUCCAAUUCGUGGGGCAUCCCAGCCAACGCCACCUGACCAAGAAGCUGUGCGUGCCCCGUGGGGAGACUGAUCCCACCUGGCUCGUCCUGUCCCUCGGUGACCUGGGGCUUGCCAACAUCACAGCCAAAGCCCUCCCCUACGGUGACACAAGCUACUGCCGGGACAGGAGGCCCAGCAAACAGGCGGAGGCGGAUGGCACCGACCAGAGGGUCCCCAUGGGGACGGACCACGUCAGGCGCAGCGUGAUGGUCGAGGCUGAAGGAGCACCGCGCUCGUACACCUACAACGCGUUCUUCUGUCCCAACGGAAGAGUCCACGCCUCCACCCCCAGCAAGUACGAGUUCCAGUACAUACCGCAGCCUCAGGACCUCACCCGUUUUGACGUGGCCGGGCGAGCACACGACAAUGACUGGGUGACCUUGUCCUCCGGGCCCCAGGACUCAGCGGGCAUGCUGGAGAUGGUCCUAAGAGGCCACCAGAACACCAGGUCAUGGAUCUCCACCAGCAAGGUGGGCGAGCCUGUGGUCGGCGCCCACACACCCAAGAUCCUCUCCUGGCACGAGUUCAGAACCUUCUGGAUCAGCUGGCACCGCGGGCUCAUUCAGGUUGGCCAGGGUCCAGAGCCAUCUAAUGCAUCUGUCAUCGUGGCCUGGACCCUCCCGGAGCCACCGGAGGUCCAGUCCGUCGGCCUCUCCACUGGCUGGGGCUCCAUGGGCGAGUUCCGCGUCUGGAGGAAGCCGGGGGUGGAUGAGAGCUAUGGCGAGGCCUUCACCCUGGGCGUCCCGCACGGCGCCAUCCCCGGGUCUGAGCGGGCGGCUGCCUCCAUCGUAGGAGACGUCAUGGGGCCGACUCUGAGCCACCUCAACAGCUUCCUGCGGCUGCCCUUUGGCUGCAGGGAGCAAAACAUGAUUCACUUUGCGCCCAAUGUCUUCGUCUUCAAGUACCUACAGAAGACGCGGCAGCUGAGCCCCGAGCUGGCGAGGGAAACCGAGGACUUCCUGCCUCAAGGCUACCAGCGACAGCUGACCUACAGGCACCAGGACGGUUCCUGCAGUGCGUUUGGGGAGCGGGAUGCAUCCGGGAGCAUGUGGCUCACAGCCUUUGUCCUGAAGUCCCUCUCCCAGGCUCGAAGCUUCAUCUUCAUCGACCCGAAGGAGCUGGUGGCUGCCAAGGGUUGGAUCAUCCAGCAGCAAUGGGCAGAUGGCUCCUUCCCGGGUGGGAGGAUCCUGAACAAGGACAUCCAGGGUGGGAUCCAUGGCACAAUUCCGCUGACGGCUUACGUGGUGACUGCUCUCCUGGAGACUGGCAUGGUGUCAGAGGAGGGCAGGGCUGCCAUUACCAAAGCAAGGCACUUCCUGGAGUCCAAUGGGCCACUGGCCACAGACCCCUACAGCUGUGCCCUGACUGCAUACACACUGGCCCUGCUCCACAGCCCAGCCGCCCCCGCUGGACUGCACAGGCUCCACAGCCUCGCCAUCACUCAGAAUGGGGUCACCCACUGGAGCCUGACAGGUUCCCGGGGCGUGGACAAGGAUGCCUUCCCGAACUUCAGCAAUGGGGUCUCUCAGUCAGGUCCCCAGCUGACCUCUUCCUUUGUGGUAAUCUCAGCUGAAGUAGAAAUGACAGCGUACGCCCUGCUGACCUACACACUCCUGGGUGAUGUGGCCGCUGCCCUGCCUGUGGUGAAGUGGCUGUCCCAGCAUUGGAACACCCUCGGGGGCUUCUUCUUUACCCAGGACACCUGUGUAGCUCUGCAGGCCUUGGCAGAAUAUGCCAUCUUGUCCUACGCUGGUGGCAUCAACCUCACUGUGUCCCUGGCAUCCACCAACCUGGACUACCAGAAGACCUUUGAACUGCUCAGAGACAACCAGAAGGUCCUGCACAUGGCUGUGAUCCCCAGCCUCCCCACGGGGCUGUUUGUGAGUGCCAAAGGGGACGGCCGCUGUCUGAUACAGAUUGAUGUCACCUACAAUGUGCCUGACCCAGUGGCCAAGCCAGCCUUCCAGUUGUUUGUGAGCCUUCAGGAACUUGGAGCCAAGGGGCACCAGUCUCCUAUGCCUGCCUCCUCAGCUGAGGGUCCCCGAGAAGGGGACAGAUGCCCAGCUGAUGACGAUGACCCAGCUGCAGACCAGCAUCACCAGGAAUACAAGGUGAUGCUGGAGGUGUGCACUAGGUGACUGCACACAGGGUCCUCCAACAUGGCCAUCCUUGAGGUGCCCCUGUCGGGCUUUGGGGCCAGCAUGGAGAGCCUGGAGCAGCUGCUCCUAGACAAGGACAUCGAGAUGAAGAGGUAUGAGGUGGCCGGACGCAAGGUCCUCUUCUACUUUGAUGAGAUCCCCAGCCAGUGUCUGACGUGCGUGAAGUUCCAGGCGCUCCGCGAGUACGUGGUGGGCAGGACGUCCGCGCUGCCCAUCACUGUGUCCGACUACUAUGAGCCUGCCUUCCAGGCCACGCGCUUCUACGUCAGCGCCCGCAGCCCGCUCGCCCGCGAGCUGUGCGUGGGGCCCGCGUGCAACGAGGUGGAGCGCGCCCAGGCCCAGGGUCCCGGCGGGUCCCCCGGAGACCCAGGCCCCGCGGUGUCCCCUGAGGAGGGCUGCGGCGCCCGCGGGGCCCCCGGGCGCGGCUCCGACGGCGCGGUCUACGCCAGCGCCUGUCGCCUGCGCGCCCUGGAGCCCGCGCCCCCCGGCCGCUGCGCCCUCGAGCAGCGGCCACCAGCCUCGGCAUCCUACGCCUAUGACGGUGACCCAGCCCCCUCCAUUCCCGCCCCACCGCAGGGCAUGAAGCUGAGCCCAGCUGGCCUUGAACCCCUAGACUUGGACCCGGAGCCUGGCGGGGAAGCAGAGGACGAGUGA